GAGGGAGGAGCCACACAAGUCCCUUUAAUCUGUUGUCCUGGCCCCAGAGAGCAGAGAGAGAAGCAGAGGAGCUGAGCGGCCCCUGGUACAGUGCACAGGGACCACAGAGCGACACGAGGGGCCGAGCAGGGGCCCGUGUCAGAGCAGAAGAGCCAGGAACAGGCACACACACACACACACACAGAGAGAGAGAGAGAGACAGAGCUCCAGUCCACACGGCGGUGUACCAUGCCCCUCCAGUCCCCCCCUCCUGUAUGUCGGGGCGGUGGGAGUGGCGGUCAGCAGAAUGGCCCCUCGGAGGACCAGAGCGGGGCCCCGGGCCGGGUGAAGCUGGGCAAGAAGGUGACCCUGCUGAGGGGCGUGUCCAUCAUCGUGGGAACCAUCAUCGGAGCGGGCAUCUUCAUCUCGCCCAAAGGCAUCGUCCGCCACUCGGGCAGCAUCGGGAUCAGCCUACUGGUGUGGAUCGCCUGUGGAGUGCUCUCACUGUUCGGGGCCCUGAGCUAUGCUGAGCUGGGGACUUGUAUAAAGAAGUCUGGGGGCCACUACACGUACAUCCUGGCGGCAUUUGGCCCUCAGAUGGCCUUCAUCCGGCUCUGGGUGGAGCUGGUCGCUCUCAGACCCGCGGCCAUGGCGGUCAUCUCUCUGGCCUUUGGACAGUACGUCCUGGAGCCGCUCUUCAUGCCCUGUGCCAUCCCUCCUCUGGCCGUCAAACUGGCCACCACCAUCGGCAUCACGGCGGUCAUGUACCUGAAUGCCAUGAGUGUGACGUGGUCUGCUCGAGUGCAGAUCUUCUUGACCUUCAGCAAGCUCCUGGCCAUCGCCAUCAUUGUUCUGCCUGGCCUCUACCGCAUACUCACAGGAGAGACGGCCAACUUUGACAACAUGUUUGACACCAGCAGGAUCCAGCUGUCAGGGAUGCCCCUGGCAUUUUACUCCGGGAUGUACGCCUACGCCGGCUGGUUCUACUUGAACUUUGUGACAGAGGAGAUCGAGAACCCAGAGCGGACUCUGCCCUUGGCCAUCUGUAUCUCCAUGGCCGUGGUGACCUCCUGCUACGUCCUGACCAACGUGGCCUACUUCAGCGUCAUGUCUGUGGACGAGCUGCUGGCCUCUGACGCUGUGGCUGUGACGUUUGCUGAGCGGGUGUACGGGGGCUUCUCUGUGGCGGUGCCUGUGUUUGUGGCUCUGUCCUGCUUCGGCUCCAUGAACGGCUCCCUCUUCGCCCUGGCCAGGAUGUUCUUCGUGGCGUCUCGGGAGCAGCAGUUGCCCACAGUCCUGUCCAUGAUCCACGUGCGCAGACACACGCCUCUGCCCGCCGUCUUAGUUCUGUACCCCAUGACAGUGCUCCAGAUCUUUGUUGGAGACAUCUACGGCCUCCUGAACUUCAUGAGCUUCAUGCGCUGGUUCUUCAUCGCUGUGGUGGUCCUGGGUCUGCUUUACCUGCGCUACACCCAGCCCGACCUGCCCCGCCCCUUUAAGGUGCCCCUGUUCAUCCCUGUGGUCUUCUGCCUGACCUGCUUCUUCAUGGUGUUCCUGUCGCUGUUCUCGGACCCUCUCAACACGGGGAUCGGGUUUGCCAUCUCCCUCACCGGUCUGCCGGCGUACUACAUCUUCAUCCACUACAAUCACAGGCCCAGAUGGCUCCAGAAGGGACUUGAUGCAGUGAGCCGGGCUCUGCAGAUCGUUCUGGAGGUGGUCCCUGCCGACUGAACUCCCGUCGCCCCCGUCUGCUCCGUUCAGAUGAAGCCUGCGCCAAAACUCCCAUUAAUGUCUGACUCUUUAUUUUGCACUGUGCAUGUGCAUCCUGCAGGGAGCGGAUGUCCACUGCUCAUUUCACAUUUCAUAAACAAGACGCAACUGUUCACAAAUAGGAGCUAAACAUGUUCAGAUCAAAUCACUUUUCUGGAUACCAAGUUGUAAUUUUGCCAGUUUCAAUGGUGAAAUCCAGUUGGGUCAGUAGUAUUUUUGUAGGACUUUUUUAUUCCAGUAAGAGCACUGACUACAUUCCCUUCCUUUGAUGGUGACUUGACGCCUCCUGAGGUAAAGCUCCAUCUGAUAGAAGCUCAUGUCAACAGUACUUGAAACUGCUGCAUAGUAUUUGACUAUAAAAUGUUUGUAGUAAAUUGUUUAAAUCAGUAAACAUGUUUUUGUCAGUUGA